AUGGCAACCGAGGUCUUAACAGCAACAGUUUGCGAUGAGGCUUCGUACACAAUCUCGACCAUUCGCACAAAAGAUGCCCAAUCGAGGGUCGAGGAGACUCCUAGCGAGCCCAUUGAACUUCCCAAAGCCCAUGGCAUAUUCGACGUCAACGAAAAUGUUCUAGGAGCCUUGCCAACGCCGGGUUCCAUCCUCGUGGAAUGUCUCAAAUAUGGGGGGGAGUCGCUGUGGGGGAAGACUGCUAAGCUCACCGUCAUGUUGCCAGGUGGACUGACAGAAAACUACUUCCUGAAAGUUGUCAGUCUUGGAGAGACCGGUCGCAUAAUGUGUGAGGGAGAAUUCGAGAGCCUCAAAGCCAUAGACAAGGCCAAUCCUGGAUUCUGUCCGAAGCCGUAUGCCUGGGGGAAGUAUGCCAAGGAGGACCCUGAGACAUACUUCAUCUUGGAGGAGUUUCGUGAGAUCGAGAGACAGCCGGCCUCGCCCGCGAAGCUGGCCGCCGGCCUCGCUAAACUGCAUCAUCUCUCCGAGUCCCCAACUGGAAAGUUCGGCUUCCACGUGCGGACGUGCCACGCAAGGAUCGCCCAGGCCAUCGAUAUCUGGGAUGAUAUCUGGUGCGCCGUCUUCAAGCGACACCUCGGGUACAUCAUCGAACUGGCCACACCAAUCCUGAACUGGCCCGCAUUCGACAUCGUCGCCGACCUGACCCUGGAGAAGGUUGUGCCACGGCUACUCCUGCCCCUGCAGUCAGAUGGGCGAAAGCUCAAGCCGUGCCUCAUCCACGGGGACUGCUGGGACGGAAACACGGCGAUGGAUAUGCGGACUGGCGAGGCCUUCAUCUUCGAUGCCUGCUCAUUCUAUGGCCAUAAUGAAUACGACACCGGGAAUUGGCGAGCGCCUAGGCACAGAUUAAGCGACAGGGCUUACAUCGAGAACUAUAAGGAUGGCUUCACGCCGUCCGAACCAGAGGAGGAUUGGGAUGCCCGCAACCUCCUUUACUCCCUGCCGUUCAACAUUGGCAACACCAUCUAUAUUGCUGGUUCCAACCAACGUCCUGUAAUUUAUGAAGAUAUGACCACCCUUUGCAAGAUGUUUUGCGCCGACGAGUUGAACCAAAGGAUGCAAGACCUGAAGAAAUCCCAGCAAGAAGAGGAGACCACCCUCGAGAAUCCUGCCAUAACUACUCAAGAACAGCCAGACGCACCACGAGAAGCCGAGGAACGUGAUCGCAAUAGCGAGGAUGAGGAGGAGGAGGAGGAGGAGGAGGAGGAGGAGGAGGAGGGGGGGGGGGAAGAAGAGGAGGAGGAGGAGGAGGAGGGGGGGAAAGAAGAGGAGGAAGUGAAGGAGAUGAUCCAUGACCGAGUAGCAAAAAAUCCGGUGCCACCUUCUUCGCCCUCAUGA